GUAUGGGUUCCUCCUGGACAAGGCUCUGAUCAUCUGCAAGCGCCGUGGGGACGCUUACGAGGCCAAGGAUGUCGUGGACCUACAGAGCCACCAACUGAGGGACAGUGGCCUCGGGCCCAGGGAUGGCAAGAAGUGGUCCCACACCUUCCUGCUCAUCAACACGGCCGGGCUGCAGGGCUACGAGCUCUUCUUCAAGACACGCGAGCUGAAGAAGAAGUGGCUGGAGCAGUUUGAGAUGGCCCUGUCCAACAUCUUCCCGGAGCACGCCCUGGCGGAUGGACACGACUUCCAGAUGUUCUCCUUUGAGGACACCACGUCCUGUAGGGCCUGCCAGAUGCUGCUGAG